CUAAAUUCGGUCUAUUUUCCUGUGAUCUGUGUCCAAUGUUGAUGGAGGUAUGGAGCGCGUUGACGCGCCGAAAGCGCAUUGCUGACGAUGCGGAAGGAGAGACAAAAUUAGCGCGAGUUCUGGACGUGGUCGACCUCACUGCCCUCGGAGUGGGUUCCACGUUGGGCCUGGGAGUUUAUGUCCUGGCCGGUGCAGUCGCCAGAGGCGAGGCUGGUCCUGCUGUAGCCAUCUCCUUCUUGGUGGCGGCGAUCGCCUCAGCAUUUGCUGGUUUAUGUUACGCCGAAUUUGCUGCUAGAGUUCCUAAGGCUGGAUCUGCCUAUGUAUACAGUUAUGUCAGUGUCGGUGAAUUUGCAGCCUUUACGAUAGGAUGGAAUCUAAUAUUAGAAUACGUUAUUGGAACAUCAUCUGUAGCUCGAGGUAUGAGUAAUUACAUAGAUGCUCUAACUGGGUAUCAGAUGCGUUCAUUUCUCGUAAUGAUGCAAGCCCUAGACAUCGAUUUCCUUGGAGAUUACCCUGAUUUCUUUGCUUGCAUUGUGGUAAUACUAUUAGCAGCUCUUCUAUCAGUAGGAGUUAAGGAAUCAACAAUUCUAAACAAUAUUUUUACGGCGGUAAAUCUGGUAACAGUAGCGGUAGUAUUGGUAGCAGGAUCUAUCAAAGCUGAUCCUGCAAAUUGGCGCAUAUCGAAAGAAGACAUACCAGCUAAUGUGACAAAUGGUGGUGAAGGCGGUUUUAUGCCUUUUGGUUUUGCUGGAGUCAUGGCCGGAGCAGCUAAAUGUUUUUACGGAUUUGUUGGAUUUGACUGUGUUGCUACAACAG